AUGCAACAAACAGGAAACUCCAAGGGGAGAACAGCAGUGAUGUUUGUCGAGGGUGCUACCCCAGCUACACUGACAGCAUUCAAGGAUCUAGUGGCUAACACGCUUCUAUCCGUGCUAGAUUCAUGGUCCAUUGAUUUCAAGACCUUUCGAUGUCAAAUCAAGACUCCCGAUCUGCCCAUUUCCAAACUAAUGUAUUCGGUGACUUUAUCCCAUCAUGAGAAACAAACCGUUCUGAUAAAGGAUAACGGACUGGCUGUGAUAACCUCUUCUGGUGGUAGUAUUUCAGGAGAGGAUACAGACGGUACUUUGGAAUCAUUCGAUUCCUUAAUCAAUACAAAACUAUCCAAUAUAUGGAAUCAAAGACAAUCUAUAAAGGGUACGGCAGGAGAGACAUUUCUCACCAUGAAGGGAUUCAUUGUGCGAGUGGUCAACCUCUUCUCCUCGACAGGAUUCAAGGGUCUGCUCGUAGAGUGUGAGGAAUAUCGAUCCCACAAGACGCCGGAUGAUGCAAAUGACGAUAGUUUCGAACAGGGAAUACAGACAGUUCAACAAUUACUAGAAUCCUUAGACGUGGGCACCGUGAAGGUAUCGAGGGACACACUUGAAACGCAACAAGGCUCCUCCAUCUUGCCAGAUUUGGCCUUUCAAUACGUGAAAGUGCUAGAGUUGUAG